CCCGCGGAGCAGGGAGCCCGAUGCAGGGCUCCAUGCGGGGCUCGAUCCCAGGACCCUGGGAUCAUGACCUGAGCCGAAGGCAGACGCUUAACGACUGAGCCACCUAGGCGCCCCUUACCUGAGGUCUUAAGUAAACCCUCUGGAAGGGCCUAGGAUCUGCCUUUUAAUUUAUUUUAAGCACAGUCCCUCAGGUAAUUCUUAGGAUAAAUAUCACAUUUGAGACUUACUUUAAUGUAUAAGGUAGUUUGGUCAAGAUUGGUUGCUAAAUAAUUAGAAUUCGGUGAAUUGAGAGGAUAAGGGAAGUGAAUGGAAAAGUAUUUAUUGGCAUUACUGAGUGCAGGACAUAAUUAAGACUAGUAGUUUGAGAUAAUGGUCUUGGGAGAUAAGACUAAAGCCAGCAACAGGGGACUUAAUUUCUUCAAGGCAAUAGUAGGAGAGAUGCCAGGCAUAAAGCAGUGCCUGAUUGUCUCCAUAAUUCACCUGGAUGCCAGUUGUGGGCAGAGCUCAGGUGUGAUCUUGUUGCUGUGAAGCUCAGGCCCCAUGAUCCAUGGCUGUGUGGGUAGCCACUAAAACAAAGGCAGGUCUCCCCCUCUCAAGCCUGACUUUCAAGCCAGAAACCAGACUCUUAACCGAAUAAACAUCGGGAAAUUAUUGGUAAUUUAAUAACUCUCCAGCCAUCCCCUUCCUUUCUUAAUACUCUACCAAAAUUGGCAGAAAACUUUAUUUCUUUUGAUUCUUCCCCCUGACAUCCUUCUGGGGAGAUUAGGGGUGUACCUACUUUGGCUGAGAGAACGUUAAGGCCUGAGGGGGAUGGGAGGACUGCUUUGAAGAUGAGGGAAGUGAACAGACUCUGGCUGACCUAAGAAGGUAAAGGGUAAGGACUAAUGAGAUUUAAAAGAGGCCUGGAUUGUUAGGACUGCAAAUAAAUUUCUCUGGGGCUGAUAUAUGUAGUAAAAUUUUUAGUAGUUGUGAAUCCAUGUUGAGACUCCAUGUCUCUUCCUCCCACUUGAACUAAGUGACAACACAAACCUCCUUUCUGCUCUUCAUCUAUUCUUUCACUAUUCUGCUGGUCCUGGCUUCAGAUUGCUUCUGGCCUCUCCUAUCUAUUCACUUGCUAGGGCCUGACUUACAUGCCCACUGCCUCUAUUAACUUUUGCUGGGGCUGUUCCAGGUCCUCAUUUCCUCUUGCCUAAACCGCUUCAGCAGUCUCUCUAACAGGCCUCACACUUUUGAUCUCCCUCCCCUUCCAUUCCAUCUGGACUGGAUGUUCAAGGCAUCUUCUGGUUGCUCCUUCCCUGCCCCCAGCUCUGCAUGCAGGGUACAUAGCACAUUCCUUAGCUAGGUAUUCUGUUUCCUCCAGGGCCUGGCGCCCACCUGCUUUUCUGGUUAUCUCUUGCUCUGCUCCCUUACCUACCGGAAGUGGGACUACUGUUGCAGCUAGAGUCCCUAAAAUUUCCCUCCGUUAUUCAGCUCUUUAUUCCAGUUUCUGACUUAUCUUCCUGCUCAAACUGACUUUUCCAACUGCCUACCUGUGUUAGAGUACAAGGCCAGAUUUGCCUGUUCUUUCUCAUGAAUUCUUAUCUCUGGAAAAGGAGGAAUCCUGCCAAAUAAAAUUUUUUGGCUUACUAUCAAAAGUGCAGAGUGAGUUUUAUUCUUUGUGCCUAGGAUCCCAUGUCUAUAUUAAUUAGAGUUCAGCAAAUAUUUAAAAGAGCAUACCUAUUAAUGAUAGUAACUACCAUUUAUUGAAUCUCUGCUAUACAUUAGAUUCUAAAUGCUGUGAUACCUAGGUGAUUAAAUUCUCACAGUGGUCCUGUGCAGAAGGGGGUAUUAUCUAGUUUUACAGAUGAGACAGUGGAGGCCUUGGGAAUGUAAGGAACAUGGCUAGAUUACACAGCUAGUUAAAUGGCAGAACCAGGAAUGGAAUCCAGGCCUGUCUGUGAAGUUCAUGGUGUUGUACUCAUACUUGCUGGCACUUGACUUUGUGUUACAGCUAUUGGGAUACAUGCCUGAUCUCCCCAUUGUGAAUGUGUGCUCAUGAUUCAGGCCUGAACCCAUGCAAAUCUUGGUAUUUCUAACAUAGCUCUGGCAAAUGGCAUUCAUUCAUUAAAUGCUUGCUGAGAGGAACUGCAUUCCUUUGUGCCUACUAAAUUAUGUGUUCCUUUAGGACAAAAAUGAUUUAUUUUUGUAUCUUGUGUGUGUGUGUGUGUGUGUGUGUGUGUUUUAACACCUAGUUUGCAUUCAGUAUUUGUUGAAUGAAUGGAUGAUGGUAGGGCCAGAGGAGACUCACUUCGAGUGAGGUAUUUAGCUACAAGCUGUCUGAUUUUGUAGGGUAGACUGCUCUAUCUGAGACCAACCCCUAAGAUAUUCUGGAGAGAUUUUAAGCAGCAUAUACACAGUUCCCAGUUUUAAAGAGCUGUAUGACAGCAGCAUUGUCUUAUGCAGGUGUGUCCAGGUCAUUUGAGAAGGAAGUCACAUUACAUUUAUUUAGCUACUAUUUAUUGAGUACCUGUGUUCUCAGCUUUGGGCUAGGUGCUGUCUUUGCUCUCUGUAACACAAAUCUGCAGGGCCAAUGUAUAUAUUUAAAGAUGUAUUUGUCAACAAAUGUUUGUAUAUGAUUUUUUUUUUUUAAGAUUUUAUUUAUUUAUUUGAGAGAGAGAGAAUGAGAGACAGAGAGCAUGAGAAGGAGGAAGGUCAGAGGGAGAAGCAGACUCCCUGCUGAGCAGGAAGCCCGAUGCGGGACUCGAUCCCGGGACUCCAGGAUCACGACCCGAGCCGAAGGCAGUCGCCUAACCAACUGAGCCACCCAGGCGCCCCGAGUAUAUGAUUUUUUAUAAAGAGUGACAAUCACUCUGUGUGGCAGAGAAGACAUCCAAUAGACUCAUUUUACAAAGGAGGAAACUCAGACUCUGAAGAAAAUCAAUGAAAACUAAUAUAGCACUAGUUUUGAUUUGAGCCCAGGCUUUCAGAGUGAGUUCCUGCAAGGCUGGCACCUUAAAAACCACAUAUCCAGUACCUUCCUCCCCAUAGUCUCUCAAAAUGAUGCUCCUGGUCAUUGCUGACUUCUGAGGUGUGUCCUAAAAGAGUUGGUAAUUGCUCUCCUAACUUGAAAGGUUCUAUUCUCAACUCACACCCUUGUUUAUGUUAGUUCUUGAGGCUUGGUAAGUCAGCCGGCACUGGGUUUUCUGGUGUCAGUGAAGUGUAAGACGGAUCACAAAGAGGGUGGAGGCUUUAUGUACUCCAAGGGAUUUGAAUGCUUGAGUCCACAUUAUUUUGUGGGACUUGACUGUCAUUUUGUCUUUUACUUAACUGACAGUAAAGCCAUGUUAUUUGAGUAGAACAGUUAUUUGAAGCCUCUUUUAGAUACUGUGUUGUUGUUGUUUUUUAAAGAAUGUGCUGAAAUCCAAGGAACCACUCAUGAGAACCUCAGACUCUUCAUAGACCCUGCUUCAGAUUAUCUAGUACAGAGUUUUACCUCUUCAAAGUGCUAUAUACACUUCCAUUAGUUGAAACUUUAGUAGGUUUUUAAAUUGCAUUAUAUGGCAAAUUUCUUUUCACCAGUAUUAGUUAUAAGGGAUAUAUUCCUGUAUUGCUCCUUAUGGAUUUAACCUUUAAAAUAUUUUUCUGUCAUAAAACAACAUGCAAGAGUGAGGCUACUGGUUUGUAUACUUUUUUCUGUUUAGUUUCUAAUGUUUAUUAAUAAACAUUUGCUAUCUUUGGGUUGAUUUAGACUUACUAAGGACUCAAUAAUUGAAAAUAUUAUUAGAUCUGUCACGUAAUUCUCGUUCAGUACUUAGAGUAGCUUGAUGGUGUGUAAGUAGUAGUAUUCCCACAUUUCAGAUGAGGAAACCGGAGGCUGAGCAGUUAAGCGACCUACCUAAGAGAACCCUAAUAACUAAUAAUAGGUCAAGAUUGGAACCCAGGUUUGCCUCCUUCCCCUGUCCAUGGUUAUUUAAAAAAAUAGGUAUCUGCCUUGAUCAUGGCAAAGUUUACCUUAAAUGUUAAAACACUAACCAAAGCAAAAACAUACACACAAACAUAACCUUAAAGGAAAUUAAGAUGAAAGAGAAAAUAUACCUAACAUCCUGCUACUCCAACAAAUCAAACUAGCACUUUUAUCAGUAAGACUCUUCUCAGCUAAGUGUUAAAUAGAUACCCUGGCAGAAUGAGGGGAGAGAAAACUGCUGUGAAAGAAGGAACAGAAAAGUUCAGGGAGGUAGCUAAUAGCAGGAUAAGCAUAUCUCCUAGAGUGUGGGAUUCAAACCUGAUUAGCCCCUGGCUAUGGCUUAGAGGCCUCUUCUGUGCCCAUUUGUUAUAGAUUAAUCCUGCAGUAAAAACCCCACGGACCUUAGGUGAGUUCUUUUUUUAUUUGGCCAUAGAGGGGGCUUUAACCUGUGACACCCAUCUCAUGUUUGUGAGAUGGGGAUUGUGGGAGAGAGCCUAAGAGCUGGGAAUGAAUGAGUUUGAACUUGCAGCAAAGGGACUGGAAAAUAAAAUUUAAAAAAACUGAAGAAAAGAAGAAAGGAAAUGUAGGGAAGAAAGGAACUGAAGAAAAGAAGAAAGGAAAUGUAGUUCUUGGCAGCAACUCCUGAAAGAGGAAAAGGGGGAGGAGAAUAGCUGAAUUAUCUUGGAGGCCAAGCUGUGUGUCGUGGUUGCCUGAACUAGCCUUACUGAAUGAGGAUGGUAGACUUCAGUGAUGUCUUUGAAGUACUAGUGCAUUUUUGCUGUUACAAUCCAUAGAGAAGUUUACCAGCAUAACUGUUCAGAGGGUUGCUGCUAUUCUUUUCUUCAAUCUCCUGUUGAGUUUGUAGGUGUUCAGAAGGGUUUGAUGCCUAUCUAGCUGAAUUCCUGGGACCAGAUGAAAUUUAGGUCUCCUACUCCUCCGCCAUCUUACUCCUCCCCUUACCAGCAUAACUGAAUUAGUUAUUGCUGUUCUGUCUUUUUAAGCUGCAUUUAUAUAAUUAUUAUGAGUAAUUGGACUUCAGGGUAGAAAAUCGCUAUUUAGUGAUUACAGGAUUCACAAGUAUAGAAAUCCAUUUUUUAAAUGAUGAAGGAAAAUUGUUAGACUCGAGAUUUUUAGUUUGUAGCAACAUUUAAACCUUGUGCUCUAAAGGCAGAGUUAAAAAGGCAGAAUAUAGGACGCCUGGGUGGCUCAGUCGUUAAGUGUCUGCCUUCGGCUCAGGUCAUGAUCCCAGGGUCCUGGGAUCGAGUCCCACAUCGGGCUCCCUGCUCUGCGGGCAGCCUGCUUCUCCCUCUCCCACUCCCCCUGCUUGUGUUCCUGCUCUCGCUAUGUCUCUCUCUGUCAAAAAAAUAAAUAAAAUCUUUAAAAAAAAAAAGGCAGAAUAUAAUGCAAGUAUGACUUUCUGAGGAUGAUCUAAGUUACAUGUUACCAAGGUUCUUAGGGACAGGGAUCUAGCUAGCAUAGAAUGAAUGAAUUCAGUACUGGAAAUCAGUACUUAAUAAUAUGAUGCUUGCCUUGAUGUGUUCUGUUGCUCUGAGCAAGUUGUGUGGGCUGUUAUCUCCUGAGAAAUCCCUGUAAAUGGUAUUAGUAAUACUUUCUAAGUAGGUUGGGAGAAUUUAUUUAUUUUUCUAAGCCAUUUUGAAAUUCUUAGAUGAAAGGCUCUGUAUAGAGCAAAUUGGUAUCUGCCUGUUUUCCCUCCUCUAAGACAGCAGAAAAUAGGCACCUUAGGGUGGGAAAGUUGGCUUAUUUUUUGGAGUUCCCUUAUAAAUUGCUUUUAUUGUAUUUGAAAAGGAUAUCAGAAGCUCUCAAGAAUAUGGUUAACUAUAAAAGGAAACAUUUUUAGUUUUGGAACUUGGAAUUAACUGGGUGUUUUCAUCUAAGGUAAUUGGCCAGACUUGGGGAGGAAAAUAUGGCUGUUUGGUGAUACUGGAGCCCACCUUUGUUUUUCUCUUGCUUUUUCUUUAUUUCAGAGAAGAGUUAAGGUUGACUUUCUGAAAAGCAGUCAGCUUUUAUUUUCAGUUUGUUGGAUCUAUUUUUUCCCCACUAAUUUGUGAAAGUAAUCUUUUGUGCCAAAUAACUUGUAGUAGGUACUGGAGCAAAGUUUCUCAUCUACAUUCAUUUAUACAUUCCAAUGUGCAUACUCAAAUGUAUCCUUGUGAAAACAGCUUUGCUUGGAAGAUUUUACACCAGAUUCUUGCUUUAGAGAAGUUCAGUCUAAUAUAGCAGGGUAAUAUAUAUGCAUGAAUAACCAUAAUGCCUAGUGUUUUUGGAAAAAGCAUAUUUUUUCCCCUGAGUUAUACCUCUACUUAAGAAAAUUAUGGUGGGGGGCACCUGGGUGGCUCAGUCAUUUGAGCUUCCAACUCUUGAUUUUGGCUCAGGUUGUGAUCUCAGGGUUGUGGGCCCUGCAUGGGGCUCAGCGUGGAGUCUGCUUGUCCCUCUCCCUCUGCUCCUCUCUCUCUCUCUAAAAUAAAUAAAUAAUCUUUAAAAAAAAAAUGAACUAGUCUAGAUUCAUAGGAAGGAAUGUAAGGCUAAUUUACUUCCUUGGUGCCUUGAAACCUGAAUUGACAGGUGGCACAGUGUGGUGUCCCGUCUGUGGUGUGGUGUCCCCCCCCCACCCCCCCGCAAAGGGGCACGUGUUGAAGUGAAAAGCUUUUGAUCUUGUGGGUUGAGAGUGCACUUUUUUUGUUCUCUUUAAAAACAAAAUGUAUUCCUUAUUGUUGUAUAUACUUUGCUCCUUGUGAAACUGAUGAGCUAAGCCCUUUCUCCCAACUGUACGUGAAUUUCCAGUGAACUAGUGGGUGAAUUUUCCAAUGUAGUCAAUUGAUUUACAGCAUUCACUUUCAUAUUUUUGUAUCGGAUUGUGUUUAAAAUCUUCUUUAAUCACCUUUAAGGGUUGAGAUUGAUCUCCAUUCAGAGUUUGUGGCCUUUAGCUUUUGGCAAGCUUGCAGAUAAACCGCUCUUUUGCAGAGACUGUACCCACUUUAUUCUUCCACCCUUGGGUGGGGGGGAACCGAAGGUCACUUGGGUAAUGCCCGACAUUCCCCCCACCUUUGCCCCUGCGCUAGCUCAGACACUUGCCUGGCGUCUGCCUCUUCCGUUGGUUGGAAGGGGUCUGGCUUUUGAGGGUCCGUGAAGGUAAUUAACCUGAUAUGCAUUUGUAUAAUGAAGAAUGUAGUCCAAAUAGCCACCUAGCAAAUGAACCCUGAGAAUUCCACCUAUUUGUGGUGGACGUUCUGCAACUCGCGAUGCUUGGCUUUAUGGGCAGUUUACAACGUAGCCAGAUUUAGUUUUCAAAAAACAGAACCCCAGAGACCCUACCUUUUAAUCAUAGUAAGAACGAAAAACAUAGGUUGACCUAACUGCAGUGUGUGAUGGCAAAUGUUUUAAAGCGCAGGACCUUUGGCGCCCCCCCCCCAAUUUUGGCGUAAGGUUUUCCAGGUAUUUCUUAGAAAGCUAGAUGACACUGUCAGUAACUGCUAAAAUAAAUAAUAGCUAUCACUUGAGCAGGUAUUAUUCCAACAUGGAGAGGGGACCCAUUAUUGCGCGCAUUCUGUGCGCCGCAGGCAGGUGGGUGCGGUGGGUUCGAACGCGCUGGGUCUGGGCUCCGCGGGGCGGGGCCGCCGGGAGGUGGAGCGAGCUGGGGGCGGGCCAGUGCGCAUGGGCGACACCCUCGGCUUCGACAGACCGCCUUCAGUUUCCGCUGUUGUCGGAAACGUUGCGAAGGCCGUUAGCUGAGUGUCCACCGAGUGCGCUGGUCGCCGAAAUGUCUGCUGAGAAAGGUUCCCUGGGGAGAGGCGUAGAGAAAGGAGAGGAGCCAGAGGGGACCAUCGCUGCUAGCGCGUACUCUGUGAAGCAGGCGGAUGAUGGGGAAGAACCGAUGAAGGUGGAAGUGGUGGUGGGGGCUGAUGGCUGCUCUGACGACCUCAGCUGUGGGGAGGCCGACCUAGACCCCCACCUCCUAGGGCUUACGGAUGACGAGGAGAAAUGCCGGAAAAUCCGCAAGCAGUACCGGCAGCUCAUCCAUAACGUCCAGCAGAACCGUGAUGACAUUGUGAACCCCGCGAGCGACUCGUUAACCGACGCUCUCGAAGAAGCCGACGUCCUGUUUGAUGAAGUGAGCCGAACAAGAGAAGCAGCUCUCGAUGCCCAGUUUCUUGUUUUGGCUUCUAAUUUGGACUGGAUGGAAGAUGAUGAACAUGAUGAAUUGAGUGGCUGUGAUGAUAAUAUAGCUCUUUCCUUCUGGGAGACCGUACAGAAGGAAGCAACAUCCUGGAUAUUGCAAGCUGAAACAUUCCACUUUAUUUUUGGUUCAUUCAAAUCCAAACCUGCACCAAAGCCCCGACUUGAACACCACAAAAAAGCUCACAAAAUGGAAGAAAAUGGGGAUAUGCCUACAAAACUGAGGAAGUUGGACAUGAGUAAUAAUCAAGAAGCAACAGAAAAAGAAGUAGAAAGAAUCUUGGGAUUGUUGCAAACUUACUUUCUAAAGUAUCCUGAUACUCCCGUGUCCUAUUUUGAGUUUGUGAUUGAUCCAAACUCUUUUUCUCGUACUGUGGAGAAUAUAUUUUAUGUUUCUUUCAUUAUAAGGGAUGGUUUUGCGAGAAUAAGGCUUGACCAAGACAGGCUGCCGAUAUUAGAGCCGAUUAAUAUUAACCAAGUGGGUGAGGGAAAUGAUCCCAGUUCUCAUGGCAGGAAACAAGGAGUUAUAUCUUUGAGUUUACAGGACUGGAAAAAUAUUGUGGCAACUUUUGAAAUUUCAGAGGCCAUGAUCACAAACUCAUACUAGGAAUUUUUGUUCUUAGUAUAGGAUGCAUUUUGUGACUUUUCUAAAGUAUCUCAAAAUGGAGAGUAAAAUCAAGCAGAAGCAAAUAAUUGUAUUUCAUGUAAAGUGAAAAAGUAUUUUCAAAAACACCAGAAAUUGUUUUACUGUGCAGUGUAUUUUUUUUGGUAGUUUAUAACGUUGUCACAAUCUUCUGUAAUUAAAAAUUAUUCACUGGCAUGUUGUGGAAGAUUUUUUUGAAUGCCCUUUAAGACUUUAUCAAUAAAAAUCAGCUCUGAAUUUCAUAAGAGGCAUUUGAUAAUUUAUAAAAAAAUUAGUUUUGUGAUGCUCUGUGAUAGUGCAUUGCUUUCUCUGUUACAGGGAACCUGUAUGGGGCUCCGGACAAAUGGGGCUCCUGACAAGGUUGGGGGAAGAGUGGGGGGAAAAAAAAUGGUCAAGAAAGACCUUAUCCGUAGGGCAGUGAAUAAGCAAUGUUAAUACUAUAAAAAAAAUCCAGAUGUCAUGCUUCAUUGCAAGGAGGACUAAGUAAGAUUAAUGAGUGGGUAUCCAUAUUCUAAAUAAUUUCUCCUGUGAUUAGACUUAUCUACUGUAGAGACGUUCUACUUUUAUUAGGGGAGGCAUCAAUUAAGUGCAUGCUGAAAGGUGAGUAGGGUUUGGUCAAAGAUAGGAAAGGGAUUCUGGCCAGGGGAAUAUGGAGGCCAAAUACAUGGAAUUGUGAGAAGUUAUGGCUCCAGAGAAUCAUGAGAUUUUUUUUUUUUUGAAAACUUCCAUUUGAAUGUUAAACUGGGCAAAAACUGAAUUACCUUAUCUAUUAGUAUCCUCAGAGGUAGAUGAUACUUUUGUCAGAUUAUUUCAAACACAAAACCAGUUACAGUCUUUAUCUAGUUGGUUGAUUUCUUCUCUAGCCUCUAGUGUCCAAACACUUGUAAUUUCUGCUAGUGCACAGAGUGACCUUCAGAAUCAGUGGUGUUUCAUUAUGUAACAGCCUUGAAUAUUCCCAGUUCAAUUUUGUGUUUCUUAUUCAGGCUUUCAAUGCCUGGAAAUGAUCUCUCUUUAACUGAGAUAUGUAAUUAACUUACCUAAAUGUUCUUUACUUAACCAUAAAAGCUUUUUUUUUCUUUUUGUUGCUUGCAGUUGUUUUAAGGUUAUAAAUUACAACCUUAUUUUGAGGUUAUGCCAAAAAUUUGGGUCUUUAAGAAAACAGUUUUGAAGGUAUAGAGCAUGCCUAAAUAAGCUGUUUUUCUUUCUUCUUCUUCUUUUUAUUUAUUUAUUUAUUUUUUAAAGAUUUUAUUUAUUUAUUUAUUUGACAGAGAAAGACACAGUGAGAGAGGGAACACAAACAGGGAGUGGGAGAGGGAGAAGCAGACUCCCUGCCGAGCAGGGAGCCCGAUGCGGGACUCGAUCCCGGGACUCCAGGAUCAUGACCUGAGCCAAAGGUAGUCGCUUAACCAACUGAGCCACCCAGGCGCCCCCCCCCCUUUUUUUUUUAAAUAGGCUCCAUUCCCUAUGUGGGGCUCAAACUCAGGACCCAGAGAUCAAGAGUUGCAUGCUGUAUUGACUUGUGUAGCCAGCCAGGCGCCUGUAGGCUGCUUUUCUUGAUCCCUAUAGGAACUUAAUCUUUGGUAGUAGUAGAUUUUGCCAUUAGGCAUGAUUUGGCAAAUGGAUAAGUAUCUGUUUUGCAUAGAAGUAACAAGUUUUCCUACUAAGUCUAGUGUGGUGCAGGGAAGGGAAGUCCAAAGACUAAAUAAAUGACGUCAAGAUUGACAGGAGUAAUCUUAAUGUAUGCGGUGGAGAAGUUUCUUCAGUAAUAGUUGAGGUUUUUAGCCAAAAUAGAAAUUUCUCAUGAAUGUUAAGUUGUUUUCUGAAGUAGCCAUUCCUUCCCCAUUUUCAUGUGAAGGAAUACUAACCCUCCUGGUGUCUACCACUCUUUGAUUUAUUUAGCAGUCCAUGGGAGUAUCAUUUGGUCUUGCUGAUCCUCACUUUAGCCUGUCUUUCCCAACCAAGUUCCUGGGUUUUCCAGAGAUUUGCCAUUAGAGGAAAAUAAUUUCUUAGUAGCAACAGGAUCCUGCCUCCCUUUUUUACUCAUCACCAAAUGGCUCUGUUAAGUGCCUGUCUCUUUACUGAGAGUAUUGGAGACUUGACUAAAAGCAUUAAUAGAGCAUGUACAGGUUUAGGGGGAUGGUAGUUUUGGGGGCCUUCCCUAAAGUUGUAGCUUUUUAAAAUUUUUUUUAAAGAUUUUUAUUUAUUAGAGAGAGAACGAGUGGGGAGGAGGAACAAAGGGGGAGGGAGAAGCAGAUUCCCCACUGAGCAGGGAGCCCGAUGGUGGGACUCAAUCCCAGGACCCUGGGAUCAUGACCUGAGCCAAAGGCAGAUAUUUAACUGACUGAGCCACCCAGGCGCCCUAAAGUUAUAGCUUUUAACAUAUAAAUCAUGACCACUUGUCUGUAUUUUUACUGGUUAUUGUGACACCUCAGUUGCCUCAUCACUUUGAAAUUAAAGUGACUGCUUACUUUGAAGAAAAAAGAAUUGACCGAUAGACAAUUACAGAGAUAGGUUAUGAGCCAACCUGCAGAUCUACUGUUUUUCUAGUAAUAUAAUGAGAGUGGCUUAAAUUUCACAGGUUUAAUAAAAUCAUUUGAAUUUUAGAAGAAUAUUGCAGAAAAAUUUUUAACUAGAACUUUAUUGUGUAACAGAACCACUUUUCUGAUCAAAGCACCUGGCAUCAAAUCCUGACUAACAUCCUAGAGACUUUGGGCAAGUUACUAAACCUUUCAACCUUUGGUUUUUGACUUGCUAAGUGGGAAUAAUACCUGUCUCUUAAGUUUACAAUAAGGAUAAAAUUAGAAAAUCUAUGUGACAAGUACAGUUGACUCUUGAACAGUCGGGGUUAGGGACACCAUCCCUGCUGCACAGUCAAAAAUUCAGUGUAACUUUUGACUCUCCCCAAACUUAAUAGCCUGCUGUUGACCAGAAGCCUUACCAUGAACAUAAAGAGUCAAUUGAAACCUAUUUUGUAUAUGUAUUAUAUACUAUAUUCUUACCAUAAAGGAAGCUAGAGAAAAAAUAUUAAAAUCAUAAGGAAUGGGGCGCCUGGGUGGCUUGGUUGGUUUAAGCGUCAGACUCUUGAUUUCGGCUCAGGUCAUGAUCUCAGGGUUGUGAGAUUGAGCUCUUUGUCAGGCUUGCGCCCAGCGCUGAGUUGGCUUGAGAUUCUCUCCCUCCCCCUAUGCUCAUCCCCUGUUCUCUCUUACGAGUGCACUCUCUCUCUCAAUCAAUAAAUAAAAUUUAAAAAUCAUAACAAGAGAAAAUACGUUUAUAGUAGCAUAUUUAUUGAAAAAAAUUUGUGUAAGUGGAUUACGUUUCAAACCCAUGAUGUUCCAAGGGUCAACUGUUCUUUGAAAUGUGAGUUACUAGGUAUGGUAUUGUGAGAAAAGCAGGAGCUUUGUAAUCAUUUACUCCUGGGUUCAAUUCUUGACACAUUGGGCAAAUUUCUUCGUCUCUAAGGAUCUCAUUUAUGAGAUGGAAAUGACAUUUGCUGGGAAGACUGUUGUGAGGAUCAAAUGGGAUCAUAUAUAUAAAGCAUCUAGCACAGAGUCUGGCUCGUGGGCACGCAUGUUAGUGCCUCACUCUCAGGGUCAGAAAUUCUGUGCUGCCACCUCCUUCAGUGGUGACAUCUCUGUCAUGGUUCGUGCACUUUAAGUCAGGAUAUGAUUUCCUCAUGCUUUUGCCUUUGUUUGGCAGACUCUGUUAGCAAGCAGUUGGAAUUGGCACUUGUUAAUUUACUCGACAAUUGCUUGAGUGCUUGCUGUACCAGACACUGCUGUAGGCACUGGGGAAAAAGUGGUGGGCAGAAAAUUGACCACCUCUCGUGGAAUUUAUAUUUCAGAGUGUGUAUUGGUGUCCUUUUGUUGCUCUAACAAAUUGCCAAACUUUUUGUGGCUUAAAACAACAGAAAUGUACUGUUUUACAGCUCUAGAGGUUGAAAGUCUCAAAUCUGUUUCUCUGGGCUAAAAUCAAGGUUUCAGCAGGGCUGGUUCUGCUGAGGCUCUGAGGGGAGAAUCUGUUUUCUUGCCUGGUUCAGUUUUUGGAGGCACCUGUAUUCCUCCAUUAUCAAAGCGGCCAGUGCAACUUCUUAGGUCUGUCUUCACAUUUACUACUGUGGUGAAGUCUCCCUCUGCCUCCUUCGUAUAAGGAUAUGGUAAUGUGUUAAUGGAGUGCCAAGGAACAAAAGGAGAAUGUUCGGGAACUUUAGGGAGACCUAAUGGAAGAAACGGGCAUUGUAUUGGAGUCUUAGAAUGUUGAUAAAAGAACCCCCCCGUCCCCCAGCCCUAAAGGAAUGCUUUGGAAGGGAUGUGUUUGUGUACAUUGAAUAAAAAUAAUUUAACAUAAUGGUUUAUGUACUGUAUCAGGAUUUGAUGGGAAGAGGGCAUUUCGGGUGAGGUGUGGUGCAGGGAGGUGCAGGGGAAUCUGUUGAACUCUGCAGGAGCUUUUUGACCAUGCAAUUUCCCUUCUUUAGGAAGGGGAGAGUUAGUAACCUAAAGAGAUUUUUCCUACUAGCCACUGUGAAGGCUGGUGAAGUACAACGGUAGGUUAACUUCAUUUUACAAAAUGAAAAAGCUGACUCCUAAGGAUUAGGUGAUUAGCUCAUGUCACCUAGCUUAGAGAGUGGUAGAGCAAGUAUUUUAUUUAACCCAGGUCAGUUCAACACCAGAGCUAAUGUAUAAUGGUAAAAACUAGUGCAUGUCUGUGUCCAGUGGAUAGGAGUCCUGUAUGGGGGGAAGGCAACAUAAAGAUUAUUCUAAUUUUAAAGAAAUCUAAUACACUUGAAUUACUUUUGGUAUUGUGCCUUUUCAGAGGUGAGUCUGGAGCAGUGUUUCGCUAGGGGUGGGGUGGGGCAGAGGCGUUCCCGAAAGAGGCAGAUGGAAGAAAUGGAAGAAUAUCCAGUGUGUAAGGCUGGCAGACACCUGCAGGUGUGAGGUGUUGUGUAAUUACACUUAAGUCCUAUAGCAGUGGUUCUCAAAGUGUGGUCUGCAUUCCUCUGGGGGCCUCCUGAGGCCCUAAGAGGAAGGCCUUGAAGUCAGAAUUAUUUCCAUAGUACUAAGAUGCUUUUUCAUUAUAAUUCUUUCGCAGGUCUACCACAGAAUUUUCCAGACAGGUUGUAAUAGACUGAAUGCAGAAAAGAUAGCAGCAGUCUUCUAUUAAGACAGACAGUAAAGAGAAUUACAAAGAUAUAAUGCCACUCUUCCCACUUAUUAAAAGAUUAUUGUUAAUAAGUUAUGUUUAACAGUAAUACUUAAGGUAUUUAAUAUUUUAAUAACUUAGAAUGUUUUAAUAUUAAAAUUUCUUUCUUAGUUUUAAUUUCUAAUUUACUAAAAUUGAUAAAUAAACCUCACAUUAACCAAAGCUCUUCGGGGUCCUAAAUAAUUUAAGGUUUUAAAGGGAUCCUGAGGCUAAAAGUUUAAGAACUCCUGUUCUUUAUCAGCUACUACAGUUGGUGGUCACUAUUUCUAGCACUCAUAAUUGGAGGAGAAUAGGGGGCAUUUUUCUCCUUCUCUCCUUACCCAUCUGUAUGCUCCUUCCUGACCCUGCCUGGGGGAGCUGUUUUUUACUACCUAUCUUUUUCUUUUUUUUUUUUAAAUAUUUUCUUUAUUUAUUUGAGAGAGAGAAAGAGAGAGUGCACAUGAGAGGGGGGAGGAUCAGAGGGAGAAGCAGACCCUCUGCUAAGCAAGGAGCCCGAUAUGGGACUCGAUCCAGGGACUCCCGAUCAUGACCUGAGCCGAAGGCAGUCACUCAACCAACUGAGCCACCCAGGCGCUCUACUACCUAUCUUAUAUUACAGGUGGGAAACCACUUAACUUGGACCUUAUGGACAGCAAUUUCAGUUUUAAGUUGGAUUAAAAUUUUAAAACACCAUGUUUAGUUCUGGGGUUAGUCGAAUGCUUUAGUUGCCUGUGUCUUACUGAUUUUACUUUAUAGAGUUAAGUGUUCAGGCUCACUCAGCUUUCUUUGUAAAAUCUGUACACUGGUUGAUACAAUUUGACUUCCAGUUUGAACUGUAAGAAUCUGGUGUGAUCCAGAAUUUCAGUACAGAACAGAUUACACAUUGGUGGAGGGAGUAUGUGGCUUUUCAGCAUGACAGUGCAUUUUCUUUCUUCUAGUAGAUAUGUUGGGGGUUUGGUUAGGAAGUGGGUAGUUUCCAUUUAGACAGCCAGUGACCGUGUUCUAUCACUGUCUGUGUCAAGUACUUGCAGAUAAAAUUGAGGCUGAGAUUAAAAAUGGUCAUGUUAUUUUUCCAGAAGAACAUCUGGCUGCAUUUAUUAGUUAACCCUUUUAAGCCAGCAAGUCAGCCUGUGCUCUUUGAGAGCAACUAGAGAGUAACGCUUGUUACCUGAAGCUUAUAUUGAUCCUUUGAUGUGAAUGGCUAUUAUUAUUACCAAAUUGUUUCCCCCCC